UAAAAGUUGGAUGACUUAAAACUUAUGAAGUGAAAUGUAAACCAUCUAUUUUUGUCACAAUUGUUUCUUAAAAUAGCAUCAAAGUGAAGAGUGUGAAGUUUUGAAAGCGAUGCUCCAUCACGUGAACUGUCAGUGGCCACUUUGCCUUGCCAUUGCAAUUUGCAACCACCUUACUACGGCCCUAUGAUGGACAGCGCAGAUUGCUAGGGUUCUUGGGCCACCUCCAAAUCAUUAUAAUGGUAGAUUUUCAGUACAAACAUAAAUUCUCCCUCAAUAAUGUUUUCGCAAUAAUGGUUUAAUUUUUCCAAAACCUUCGACCGUCAUUGUAAAUUGUUAUUCGAACAAAUUUUGGCGAAGAUGCUGCCCCGAUCAUCGACAGCCAAUGUUCAAAACUGAUGGGUUUGUGGGGCUGUCUGUUUCCUCCAAAGCUGUAAAGAUUCUGAGUUACAGAGUGCUGGACGGAAGCUCGUUUUGAAGAAUGGACGCAUACCGACAACUUCAAAUCUCAGACCCACUUCUCUUGGUUUUUCUCUAUUUCUCUCCCUCUCUCUCUCUCUUUCGGUUCUUUCAGUCCAAACCAUUUUGUGGGCAUUAAUAAACGAACUUCGUUUGUUUCCGAAAUGUUGAUGAAACUGAAUGUGUGUCGCCAUUCGCCACUGGGAAGCUCUGUUUGAAGUGGAGGAGAAAAGAGUGUGAAAUUUGAAUCGCCAUUUUCGGCAGUGAUCAGUUUGUAUCACUGUUCAUGCAUCGAUUACUGUAUUUGACGUCUGGAAACAAAAAGUAGUAGGAAAAAGGAAAGAAGGUCAGAGAUCAGUCAAAAAGUGAUUAGCAACCAUAAUCUAAGCAUACGGCAGGUGGAAAUAUCACGUGCUGGUCAUUCCAUCACCCUCUGGCUGGUGUUGGCCGCUCUACUGUUCGGAAGGCACUUGGAAUUAUAUUAAUAGGUGAGAGACCGUUUAGUUCUUUUUAAAGUAUUUUGUGAAAGCCUGAUCUAUAAUUUAUGAUAAAUAUCAUAAAUGGGUUUUAGAUGUUUUACAAUUCCCAAAUCAAAACAAAAAUUUAAAUAUCAUAAAUCGGUUUAGAUGUUCUUUUUAAAGUUCUCUUUUUUUAUUUGUUUUGUCGGAUAGCAUAAAUCGAGGUCUUUGCUGCUGAAUGUAUGUAGAGAAUAAAUUUACAGUUUCUGCCAUCUGGGUUACUUUAAUAAAUUAUAAAGCCGCGAACUUUUUAAUUAAAAGAAUAAAGAAAACCGAACCCAUCAAACCUCAAAACCGAUGGAGAGAGAGUAAACUGAGGGAAUCCAUAGGCAUCUGCGAACUCUGCCCCCUACAGGUAGAGGUACAAAGUCCAUUCCAACAUAGACAAAGGACCUUUCUGCACUAAUAAUGUCAUCAUACACAAAAAAAGAGAAAGGAAUAGGAAAAGCCCACGUCAAGGUAGCAGAUGACUCAGAUCUCAGACUCGAAAAUCAUCUCAAAUGCUUUGCACUGGAUAAGCUUGAAUGAAGAAGGAUCAAUUUCUUCAGGCUCCAAAUCGAAAGAAAGAGACUGGGAAAAGGGUGAGAGUUUUCAAGUUGGUGGGUUUUCAUUUCAAAAUCACGUUUAGAUCCUGAGUUUUUGUACUCUUUAGAAGGAAAAGUCCAAAAAUAUGCACUGGUCUUCUUGCUCGUGUUGCCCAUUUCAUCUUCUUAUUUUCUGCAUUUAUUGUCUUGUUCUUCUUUGUCAUUAAUCUAACAUUACUGUUUGCCCCUAAUUUUGUAUUACUGAGCUUCUAUUCCGCCAUUGUCUUCCCACUAUUUCAUUGCAAAGUUGUACACGCCAUUCCCUAUACGGUAAAAGUAAAACGAAGGUCCCUUUUUCCAGUUUACUUAACUCGAACAUCAAAUCCCAGUGUUCGAAUACCACAUUACAGUAUCCUUUUCGCCCAACAUUUGUAUUUCCAAGUCUAUUACUCCUUAGAAUCACUUGACUUCGUUCAUGAAUGAACGCGAACCAUCCAUAGAUGUUAUUCUGUGAAUUUAUUCCAGCACAAACUGACGGAGGAGAAGAAUAAUUACCUGAGAAAGACCAUCAAAGUUUUCAAUCCAUUUUGGAAAAGAUGCUGUGCGCUUGUUCAGGAGAGCAAUUCAAGUUCGAAGAGCCACCCCAGUCCCCAGAAUCACUUGCGACAAGAGAUUUCUCGGCCAGUUGCCUUUCCUCGAGAACUGGAGACUGGGAUUUAAAAUUUGAAGAUUCUCAAGUAGAUGAAGUUGAAUCCACUUUAAGAGAAGCCCUCUCAUUAAACUAUGAGGAAGCCCGAGCUUUACUGGGGAGGCUUGAAUAUCAAAGAGGAAAUUUUGAUGCUGCUCUACAGGUAUUUCAAGGUAUAGACAUUAAAUCUUUGACGCCAAGAAUGGUCAAGGCAAUUACUGAAAAGACAAGGGAGGAAAAGCCUCGUCCUAAAGGUGACAGUACCGCCCUCCCUAGUGGUGUAAUGUCCAUGCAUUCUGUUAGCCUACUACUUGAAGCAAUAUUACUCAAGGCAAAAUCACUGGAGGAACUUGGCAGAUAUAUAGAGUCUGCAAAAGAGUGCAGGAUAAUUCUUGAUACGGUGGAAUCAGCUCUGCCUAAUGGAAUGCCUGAGUGCAUUGGUGAAGACUGCAAAUUGCAGGAAAUGUUUCACAGAGCUUUGGAAUUACUGCCUACUCUAUGGAUUAAGGGAGGGUAUCUUGAUGAGGCCAUAAAUGCCUAUCGCCGAGUCCUUGUUAAACCAUGGAAUCUAGAUCCGAACAAGUUGGCUGCCAUACAGAAGGAAUUGGCUGGGACAUUACUCUAUGGAGGUGUUGAAGCAAGUCUUCCCCUUAAGUUUCAUGUAUUUGGACCAAGAACACCUAAAAACAAUGUAGAAGAAGCAAUCCUUCUGCUACUAAUUCUCAUGAGGAAAGUGGCAAUGCAGGAAAUAAACUGGGACCCAGAGAUUAUGAAUCAUCUGACUUAUGCACUUUCUAUCACAAGACAAUUUGAAUUACUUGCCGAGCAUGUGGAGCGGAUCCUUCCUGGAAUAUAUAGUCGAGCUGAGAGGUGGUACUUUCUUGCCCUAUGUUACAAUGCAGCAGGACAAAAUGAAGCAGCUCUGAACCUUCUAACAAAAGUUUGCGGUUCCUCUGAAGUAAAUCACAAGCCCCAUUUUCAUUCUUUUUUGUUCCUUGCAAAAUUGUGUUCAGAGGAUACAAAAUAUGCACGCGAUGGAAUUAAAUUUGCUCGUAUAAUGAUGAAUAUGGCCAGUGAACAAAGUAAACAUUUCAACCCCGAAGCCCACAAAUUUUUAGGUAUUUGCUAUGGGAAUGUAGCUAGAGCGUCAGUGUCAGACUCUGAAAGAACUCUUUUCCAAAAAGAAUCGUUGAACUCUCUACGAGUUUCUUCUCUCAGUAGAAGGCAUGAUCCAGAAGUAAUGUUUAACAUUAGCUUGGAAAAUGCUGUGCAGAGAAAUCUUGAUGUUGCCUUCUACAGUGCAAUGGCGUACUCAAACAUGGUGGCUGAUGGUUCUGGAAGAGGUUGGAAGUUGUUGACCCUCAUACUUUCAGCUGAGAAACGACUCACGGACGCCGAAACCAUAGUUGAUUUUGCUUUGGACGAAGUUGAUAGGAUGGACCAAUUGGAUUUUCUUCGAUUGAAAGCUGUUCUCAAAAUUGCUCAGGAACAGCCAAAGCAAGCAAUAGAAACCUACAGAAUCUUGCUCGCACUAAUUCAAGCACGAGACGAACAUCAGCUUCAGACUAAGAACUUUGACCAAUCCAAGGACUUGGAACUGGAGGCAGUGGCAGAACGUAACUUGGAACGGGCAGCCUGGCAGGAUUUGGCUGCCAUAUAUUCAAAACUUGCUUCAUGGGCGGAUGCAGAAAUCUGUCUGAACAAAGCCAAGUCAUUAGAUUUUCAUUGCCCCAGAGGUUGGCAUACAACAGGCAAGUAUUUUGAAGCUCGAUCAUUACACAAGGAAGCCCUUGUUUCAUUCUCUGUCGCUCUAUCGAUUGAUCCUGAUUACAUUCCAAGUAUCAUCUCAACAGCAGAAGUAUUGAUGAAAUGUGGUAACCAAUCACUUCCAAUUGCGCGCAGCUUGUUGAUGAAUGCUGUAAGAUUGGAUCCUACAAGCCAUGAAGCAUGGUUCAACCUUGGAAUGCUUUCCAAAAUGGAAGGUCUUUUUCUACAAUCUGCAGAUUUUUUUCAAGCUGCACAUGAACUCCAACUAUCGGCUCCACCUCAGAGUUUCGUAUAGAAGAAUAUUUGUUGUUCACUUUUGGAGCUUAGUAAGUUGAGCAGAUGUGGAAAUUCAAUUAUUUCAUUAGCGGUGCCGCCACCAUAAUUCCAUCAAUCUUCUUUCCAUCUACUUUCUUUUCCAUGACCUCUCACCAUCUGUUCAAAGCUGAAGGAUUGUUGGACCAACACUGAGCAAGAUUUCAGAGUAGACACAUGGUUUCAAAUUCUGCAAGUUCCAAUCAAUUAAUUUUGUGUAGCGAAUCAAGGAUUUAGUUGUGUAUCAAGUAAAUAGCAUACUUUUUGCAGUGUUUUUCUUCUCAUCAUCAACAAUUCAACUUCAUCUA